AACAUAUUAGUACCUACAGCAUGGCCUUCUCGUGGCACUCCGCCGGGACAUCGAUUGCCACGGUAGACUCCGGCACUGAGAUGGCCUUCGCCGCCUCGAACUCUUCCCAGGAAUCGGGUGCCGACGGGUUGGCGACGCUGCAGCUGCUGCCGCGCCAAUCCUCGAGGUUUAAGGGCGUCGUGCCGCAGCUGAACGGGCGCUGGGGCGCGCAGAUCUACAAUCGCCACGCGCGGGUGUGGCUCGGCACGUUCCCUGACGAGGAAAGCGCCGCGCGCGCCUACGACGUGGCCGCGCUCAGCUACCGCGGCCGCGAAGCCGUCGUCAACUUCCCAGAAGAGUCCGCGUCCGAGGGCGAGCUCGCCUUCCUGGCCGCGCACUCCAAAUCCGAGAUCGUUGACAUGCUGCGCAAGCACACUUAUGCUGAAGAGCUGCGUCAGGGCCUGCGCCGCGGCCGCGGGACGGUUGCGCGCGCGCAGCCGACGCCGGCUUGGGCGCGCGCGCCUCUCUUCGAGAAGACCGUGACGCCCAGCGACGUCGGCAAGCUGAACCGCCUCGUCGUGCCCAAGCAGCACGCCGAGAAACACUUCUCGCUGAAGCGCGCUCCGGUGACGGCCACCGGCAAGGGUGUGCUCCUCAACUUCGAGGACGGCGAGGGGAAGGUGUGGCGGUUCCGGUACUCGUACUGGAACAGCAGCCAGAGCUACGUGCUCACCAAGGGCUGGAGCCGCUUCGUCCGGGAGAAGGGCCUUAAAGCUGGCGAUACCGUGGCCUUCUCCCGGUCGAUGUACGGGCCGGAGAAGCAUCUACUCAUUGACUACAGGAAGAUGCACAAGAAGCAGGAUGAAGGCACGGCCGAUGCGAUUGCUGUUGAGGCCCGUGUCAUUAUUAAGCUGUUCGGCGUGGACAUUGCUAGCUGGAGGAGAUGAAAGGCAUGGCGAGUUCAUGAAGAGUUGCAAGCUAGCUAAGUGAGCAAGCAGCCAAGCACUGAGCCCGCACAGCUUGAUAACAUAUGAUCGCCCACAAAUGUCGGAGCUUGAGAAACAAAAAACAAGAGGCCAUCUAACAAUUUUCUUUUUAGGUUAGGCCAUUGAACAACUUAUGCUUCAAUUUAGUUAUAUGUAGCGAAGUUUCGGUUUCAAUUUCAAAAGAAGGGCCAUAUAGACCCCCCCCCCCCAUCCAACACUCCGCCACCGAUCGGCCACCACCUGCAUUUGAACAUGUUUCUAUUUAUUAAAAAAUAGAUGUGCGUAUCUUUUAAAACCAAAGCAUCCAAUUCAAGACCCAUUUUAACUAUUGUGCUCAUUUCAAUAAGAUCUACAGAACGAGACUAUCAUUGCAUCUUCUUUUGUUUAGUGAUGAUAACUCAUGUUAGCUAGGGAACAAAAUAAAAAUAUCAGGGAAACGAAACAAAAGUGACACAUGUAUUCCGAAAGUUUCUCGGAAAUAAUCCUUGUGAUAUGUUCCAGCAGUUUACAAUAUAUAGUGUUAUAUUAGUUUUGUAGACAAUUAUUAUGCACUAGUUUAGGCAAUCUCUCCGAGAAUUUCACCUGCAACGCUCCCCGAACUAGUGAACAAGAGAUAUCCUUUCAUAAUUAGUUCGCAUAUGGCAUAUAUAGUAUUUAAUUUGUAUCUAGUGUCCCACCAGUUCAUUCCCAACAUUCCUGUUUUUACACUUGCAAUAAAUAAGUGCUAAUAUUUACUUGGUUU